UAAAUUACGAGUAUUUCUUGGUGCAAYUGUAUUUUCUAAAGACGAAGCAACGACACUUUCCMUGUSUGCGUGAAGCGRCGGUUCAAACUCUUCUAGUUAAGUUGGCAAGCAGUGGAUUCUCCAGACAAGUUUGGCAUUUCUCCUCUAAUGAUUGCUGCUCAAAAAGGAUACACAGAGAUUGCACAAACGUUACUGGACAACAAGGCUGAUGUACAUUUUCAGAAUAGCAGUGGCAAGACUGCAUUGAUGAUGGCUUGUUACUCAGGCCAGCUUGAGGUUGUGAAACUUCUGCGAGCACAUGGAGCAUCAUGGGAUAUCAUAGACAAGACAGGUUGUACAUCAUUGCAUUGGGCAGUUGAUGGUGCUAAUCUAGAUGUCUUGCGAUGGAUGCUUGCUGAUGGCUGUAAAGUUGAUGUCAAGGACAACACAUCAG